GUGCUGGUGCGAGAUGAAAGUAGUGUGUUGUGGACUGGUACAGCCCUGUCUCAUGAUCACGGCAUAAUCCUCAUUACAGCGCACACACAUACACAUUCACGGGCUUGAAUACACUCCACUUUAUUCUAAAGCAGAGAGCUAACUGGGGAGAAGAUGUAAAAGACAGAAAGGGUUGAUCAUUUUAUAUAUUUUGGUGAAGUUCAACAUGCUGUGGUUACGAGCAGGCCAUGAUAUCAACAGCUCCUUGGAGCCGGCUAACAUUGACACAAGUAUCUUGGAGGAGUAUAUCAGCAAGGAAGACGACAGCUCUGACAUAUGUUUCUCUGAGGUCCAGGGAGGCUCUGGCCCCAGCUUCUCCUCCCCCCAGCCCGGGGUCUCCUCAGGGGGAGUGACAUGUGAUGUGAGCCCCCACGCACCCCUGCGCCCGGGCGCCCAGCCGCCCCUGCCCCCACUCUGCCAGACCUCUUACCCCACAGCUCCAUCACUAGGAGGCCAUCGACACAGCUACCCCUACCUGGGGCAGCAACCACAGCAGCUUCAGCAGUCUCACGUCAAGACAGAGCACAGGGGCCACUACGCCUCUGGAACAUUACCUGAGUCCCCGCCAGACUCCAGCUCAGAACCGUAUUCCCCCCAGCAAGUGAAUGACCCUCACCUGCUCAGCAAGAUGACUCCCGAGAACAUGUGCCACAUCUCACCACCUCUACCCCAGCCGCACUACUCUGGCCUGCAGCGAGACAUGUACCUGAAACAGGAGCCAAUGAUAUCGCAGUACCCACCUGGGCCGGCCAUGUGCACGCCGGGUGGGGAUAUCCAGCAGAGCCAAAUGCUCCAUCAGCUGCUGCAGCUUCCUCAAGGACAGGAUGCUAUUCCCGGUCACCAAGCCAAGAAGAGGAAGCACUCUGACUCCCCUCCAAGCACCCUCAACACGCAGAUGCUCAGUGGUAUCAUCAAGCAAGAGCCAGGGUUGAUCCAGGAUGCAGAGAAUUCCUACCUGGACCCUAAUUACCAGUGCAUCAAGUGGCAGCCCCACCAGCAGAACAAAUGGACUCUCCUGUAUGAUGCCAACUGCAAGGAGCUGUGAGUAUCUGUGUGCAGUGUCACUGCGGGCUUGCC